AUGAAUAUACCACUAGAGGACAAAAUUAGGGAACCAAUAUCCGUUACCGUAGACUAUGACAAAGCUGCGUGUGACGUCAGCAUGACGGUGGAGGCUCCCUCUGUCUUGUUCGGUGCCAGUCUCGUGAGUUUCGUGACAUUCAGCAUCGAUUUGCCCUCAAGUUUCCGUUACCAUGUCGAGGUUUACUUGGCGUUGACUCAAGCUCUGCUCAGGAUCAUUGAUCGCUUCUAG